AUGGUUGUUUGGUGGAUAAUCUCCAGUUUCUGUUACAUUCAGGAAACAGUGCGUGGAUCGGUCGACUCUUGUGACGUGGGUUUUGUCGUGGGUGAAAAUAUGCACUCAUGCAAAACAAUCCUGGAUAUGAAUCAAACUACUUCACGAAUUUUUUUGUCGCUAUUUCUAAUGAUAUGUUCGCUCUCAGUAACAAGAUGUCUUGUCAUUCCAUUGAAUGGAGCUAACAUUGAAUCAGUACUUCAUGAUUAUGAAGUAGUGUUUGUGAAUUUUUAUGCUGAUUGGUGUCGAUUCUCUCAACAUUUGAUGCCAAUAUUUGAAGAAGCCAGUAAGCGAUUCACGGAUCGAGGAAAUACAGUCGCGUGGGCUACAGUAGAUUGUGACAGAGAAGCUGAUAUUGCUCAAAAAUAUCACGUAAGCAAAUAUCCAACACUAAAACUGUUUCGAGGUGGUGAACUUGUUAAGAAAGAAUACAGGGGACAACGAUCUGUUGAUGCUUUAGCAGUCUUUAUUGACAAACAGUUGGUAUCAGGCAUGCAGAAUUUUUCAUCAAAUGCUGAACUAAAUAAUCAGAUUAAUCCGAAGAAACUUAACAUCGUAGCUUAUUUUGAUCAGCCAUCUGGCCCAGAAUUUGACAAUUAUCGCAAAGUUGCAUCCCUACUUCGAGAUGAUUGUGUAUUUUGGUUCGGUAUUGGCGAAGCCUUCCGACCUGAGCUAGCGAAGGGCAACAGACUUGAAUUUAGGCCUUUAAAUAGCAACGAAAGAAUUGAAUAUACUGGGGGACUUGCAAAUCUUGAGACUUUAAAGCAAUGGAUAAUGGAUAAAUGUGUGCCGCUUGUUCGCGAAAUAACUUUCGAAAACGCUGAAGAAUUGACAGAAGAAGGCCUUCCGUUCCUUAUUCUGUUUCGUCAUCCAGAUGAUGUACAAAUUGAUAAAAUUUUCACGGAACAAGUUGCUCGUGAACUUUUUGACCAAAAAUCUAGUAUUAAUUGUUUAUAUGCCGAUGGUAAGAAAUUUGUACAUCCUCUGCAGCAUCUUGGUAAAACAAUGGAAGACUUGCCUGUGCUUGCAAUAGAUUCCUUCCGUCAUAUGUAUCUUUUCCCGGAUAUGAAAUCACUAACCGUGCCUGGAAAAUUGCGCCAAUUUGUUCUGGAUUUACAUUCGGGAAAAUUGCAUCGAGAAUUUCAUCACAGUCCUGAUCCAACGCAAUCUUCUGUCUUACCAGCAUCGUCUGAAACUACAUUUGAAAAAGAAACGAAAGGAACAGACAAAUCGCAACCACCAACGAGCAUAUUCAAGCAGUUGAAACCAUCGGAAACGCGUUAUUCGUUGUUGUACAAGGAUGAAUUAUGA